UCUUCAGAGCGUGGCUGUGCAGUGCGGAGAGACCUGGGACUGCUGCGUAGAUAGUCUGAUUUGUCUUUUUAAAGUGUGAUCAUUUUUUACAGCUAAGAACAAAAAUGAGGGAGAUCGUUCAUUUGCAAGCCGGACAGUGCGGAAACCAGAUUGGUGCUAAGUUCUGGGAGGUGAUCAGUGACGAGCAUGGUAUUGACCCCACCGGCAGUUACCAUGGCGACAGUGACCUCCAGUUGGACAGGAUCAAUGUAUAUUAUAAUGAAGCUACAGGUGGAAAGUAUGUGCCACGCGCAGUCCUGGUUGAUCUGGAGCCUGGCACUAUGGACUCUGUGAGGUCUGGACCAUUUGGACAGAUCUUCAGGCCAGACAACUUCGUCUUUGGCCAGAGUGGAGCCGGUAACAACUGGGCCAAGGGACACUACACUGAGGGUGCAGAGCUGGUGGACUCUGUGCUAGAUGUAGUGAGAAAGGAGGCAGAGAGCUGUGACUGCCUGCAGGGCUUCCAGCUCACCCAUUCACUGGGUGGGGGCACGGGCUCAGGCAUGGGCACACUGCUCAUCAGCAAGAUCCGGGAGGAGUACCCCGACCGCAUCAUGAACACCUUCAGCGUGGUGCCCUCACCCAAAGUGUCAGACACAGUGGUGGAGCCCUACAAUGCCACGCUCUCCGUGCACCAGCUGGUAGAGAACACAGAUGAGACGUACUGCAUCGACAACGAGGCGCUCUACGACAUCUGCUUCCGCACGCUCAAACUCACGACACCCACAUACGGUGACCUCAACCACCUGGUGUCCGCCACCAUGAGUGGCGUGACCACCUGCCUGCGCUUCCCGGGCCAGCUGAACGCUGACCUGCGCAAGCUGGCCGUCAACAUGGUGCCCUUCCCCCGCCUGCACUUCUUCAUGCCUGGCUUCGCCCCCCUCACCAGCAGGGGGAGCCAGCAGUACCGCGCUCUCACAGUUCCAGAGCUUACCCAGCAGAUGUUCGACGCCAAGAACAUGAUGGCUGCCUGUGACCCCCGCCACGGCCGCUACUUGACGGUGGCUGCUGUCUUCCGUGGGCGGAUGUCCAUGAAGGAGGUGGACGAGCAGAUGCUGAAUGUGCAGAACAAAAACAGCAGCUACUUCGUGGAGUGGAUCCCCAACAAUGUCAAGACGGCCGUCUGCGACAUCCCACCCCGCGGCCUCAAGAUGGCCGCCACCUUCAUCGGCAACAGCACGGCCAUCCAGGAGCUGUUCAAGCGCAUCUCAGAGCAGUUCACUGCCAUGUUCCGCCGCAAGGCCUUCCUCCACUGGUACACUGGCGAAGGCAUGGAUGAGAUGGAGUUCACUGAGGCUGAGAGCAACAUGAAUGACCUAGUGUCCGAGUACCAGCAGUACCAGGAUGCCACCGCCGAGGAGGAGGGAGAGUUUGAGGAGGAGGGUGAAGAGGAGCUGGCCUAAGCUGUCCAAUUUCUUACUUUCACUUCCCAACAGUCCACUUUUAACACUGUUUUGUUGUCUACUGUCCUCUUCAUUUCUUCUAUUUCAAUGUCACUGUUGCACUGGCAACCCUCAGCUGUCACGCUGUACUAGUGUUAAUGUUCAAUAAAACCAUACAUUUGAAUGUAA